UUUUAGACCCCAGGAACCCGAGGCAGCGAUGACGGAUAGGCUGAAGACGCAGUCGCCGGCAGACUUCUGGUUUGGGACAACACUUGGGGAAGGCGCGUAUGCGCGGGUGGUGCAUGCGCGACUGAAGGCGACAAACGAGGAGUUUGCAGUCAAGAUCAUGGAGAAACGCUUCAUCAGCAAGGAGAAGAAAGUCAAGUUCGUGAUGAUGGAGCGCAAGGUGUUCUCGAAAGUGUCGCACGAUCGCAUUGUAAAGCUGUCGUUCUCGUUCCAAGAUCGCAAUUACCUGUACAUGGUCAUGGAGCUGUGUCGCGGCGGCGAAUUGCUCGACGUGAUUGUCAAAGCGCAAAAGGAGCAGGCCGCGCGAGGCGUCACGAACAAAGCAUGUUCGUUUGACGUAACGCAGUUUUUCAUCGCCGAAGUCAUUGAAGCCCUGGAAUACCUUCAUGAAAUGGGCAUCAUCCAUCGAGACAUCAAGCCCGAAAACAUUCUCCUUAACGAAGCCGGCCACUUGAAGAUCACCGACUUUGGCACGGCCAAGGACGAGACGGAAGAAGGCGCGCGCCAAAACACGUUUUGCGGCACGGCCGAGUUUGUCUCGCCCGAAGUACUCCGCGACCACGAAGCGUCCCGCGGCUGCGAUCUCUGGGCCGUCGGGUGCAUGAUCUACCAGAUGCUCGUGGGGCGGCCCGCGUUUCGUGCCGAAAACGAAUACCUGACCUUCCAGCAGAUUUUAAACCACCCGGCCGAGGAUUUCUCGUACCCCGAGGGGUUCCCAGAAGUCGCGCAGGACUUGUGCUCGCGGCUGCUGCUACAAGACCCCAAGGCACGGCUGGGGGCGGGUACCAACGCCGACGGCAACGGGUACGACGCGUUGAAGAGCCAUCCGUUCUUUACAGGCAUCAACUGGGCGACGUUGGGUCGGUCCACGUCGCCGUACGUACCGCACAUUUCGCCGCUGCCCCCCACAGACAGUGACGGAGCGACGGAAGACUGGCUGUUCGCAGGGGUUGCUACGGAACUCAACAUUUCGUCGGGGCUCAUGGCAGAGCCCAUGAUCGUCCACGCGGCGGCGUACGUUUGCAUGCGACACGGUAUAUGUACAUUGAUGGACGUCGUUGUGUGUGCUUGCGAUAGGGAGACGGCGGCGACAGCAACGCACGUCGUGGCACCGCAGCCAUCGCAUUCGAAUCCGGUCGAAGUAGCGCGGGCCAAGGCGUCCGUGCCGCCGCAAUCGUCCCGCAUGAACUCGUUGUGGAAUCGGUUCUUACUGGAUGACGAAGUGAUUCGCAUGAGUGGCCUCGUGAGCAAGCGCAAGGGUCUGUUCUCCAAGACUCGCCAAGUAACCAAACUAUCAUACGUACCAGCCAGGCUGUUGGCUUUGAACAUGUCCAUCAUGUAUGUAGUUCAUCUUGACGUCCAAGCCGCGCUUGAUCUACAUAGACGCCAUCCGCAUGCGGCAAAAAGGCGAGAUCCCGUGGUCCGACUCGUUGUACAUCACGGUCAAGAAUAGCCACCAAUUCGACGUUGUCACACCGAAUCGCGUGUACCACCUGACGGACCAAGUGAACGGGUCCAAGAAGUGGGCGGACGCGAUCAACGCGGCGCUCGUUCAACGAAAAUAGAUAGGACUACAUGGACACACCAUCUGUAUGGCGGAUUAUGCGUCCAUGUAGUGUAAUAUCCAUCGUAUCUCCACGAGACUGCCGACUCGCGUCGUGGGAAUAGAUACGAGUUAAUAGACUUCUCAAGCUCAUGUCAAACGA